GUCAGCUGGCGGACGAAAAGACGUCGGAAGUUACAUCAGCCAACUCAGUUGCUGUAGCGGCCGCGUGGCGCGCUGCUCUCCGAACAGCUGUUGAGUGUCACUGCCAAACGCUAACCUUUGAAUUCAGCGCGAAGCCAAUUCAAUUCGGUUUUGGACGAUAUCAGCGGUUAGCGGUAGCGAUGGAAGCUCGGAGGCGGUCGUCGAACAGCUCGUUAUGGGUGUUCGGGUACGGGUCCCUGUGUUGGCAUCCAGGGUUCGAGUUCGACGACGCUGUCACAGGGUUCAUCCGCGGGUUUUCACGCAAGUUCUGGCAGGGAAAUACCACCCACAGGGGCGUCGAGGGGAAGCCUGGGAGAGUGGCCACACUGGUCGAGGAACGCGAGGGAGUGGUAUGGGGCCGUGCCUUCAAGUUGUCUGGAGAGACCGCGCUGCCGUACCUGAACCAGAGGGAAUGUGUGCUGGGAGGCUACCUGACAAAAUUCACCACCUUCUUCCCUCGGGAAGAUGACGAGCCGGCCCUGGCUCCCUUCCCGGCCCUGCUGUACAUAGCCGUACCGGGCAACUCCCUUUGGCUGGGGGAGGCGCCUCUCACCGACAUCGCCUCCCAGAUCGUCUCCAGCUCGGGAGCCAGUGGACACAACGUCGAGUACCUCCUGAAGCUGGCCUCCUUCAUGCGGGAGUUCAUACCUGAGGCGGAGGACAGCCACCUGUUCACCCUGGAGUUCCUCGUCAGGACUAGGAUAAAGGAGAAUAAGCUCUGCCUGAAGAGUCUGAUGGGGGAGAUCGCCUCGCCGCCCAAGUCCCCCGAGAGAGACCCUCCGCCGGAGGAUGAGGUCGGCGCGGCCCAGGCCCUCAGAGUGGACACCUUCGAGUUCACCUCCAGGGUGCCGCCCAAGAAACUCCGCUGCCUCAACAUCUGAGGGUCACACGACACGGCCCUGGAGCGGCUGUCCGUCCCUGCUACCCUCAACUGUUGCUGGAGUCCCUCACUCCUGGCAGCUACCCGCUACCCCGGCACCAUAGACUGUCACUGUGUCACUGUUUGUGGAAGCUGGAUACUGAAAUUUGAUCUAAGUUUAAUUGUAAAAGUUGCGACCAAUCUGCACGGGCAACGCUUAGCGGCCGUGUAAAGUAACGUUGUUCUGUAAUUAGUUUGUCUUGUAAUCGUUAUUUAUUUAUUUAUUUAUAGACUCUGAAGGUUUGUACUGCAUAGCUCUAAGCUCUAUAAUAUUACAGAGUAGCGACGUUCAAUGAGCAAAACUUGACUAACUUUUCGAGUUUAUUUUACUGAGAUGCAGACUGCUUCAAAUGAUGGAUAUCUAAAACUUGUAACUACAAUGUCAAUAAAAGUUUAGAUUUUAUGAUUUUCUCAUUUGUAUAUAUAAAUAUAUUAAAAAUUAUCGCUAUUGAAUAAAUAAUAGUUUACGUAAUUGAUUAGAUAUAGACUGAUCUAUAUUUAAUAUUUUUAUGAUGAUCCGGACUUUAAUCUUAACUUCUGAUUCCUGAAUUUUGUCUGUAUUUCGUAUCAUUGAAUUAAUAAAAACUUGUCAUUUUGGAAAUAAAUGACCCGAGUCUUAAUCACUUUAAAUAUUGCUAAAAUUUGACAUAACAUAAAAAAUCAAUGUAUUAUGACAGUAAAAAAAUCUGACAUCUCAUCUGUUUAUAUCUAAUAUGACUAAUCCAUUUAAAUUAUUGCUUUAUCAUUUAUUAUUUAUGAGACAUUUUAUAUUUAUUUAUUUCAGUGUAUAACAGCUAACAUCGUUUAUAUAAUGUAUUUAAUUUUUGUAAGUUAAUUGGUAAAAUUUUCAUUUCACUUUUCGUUGGGUUAUUUCAUACUUCAGCCGUUCUCUUAGUACAGUUUCAUCGUUUCACCUGUUUUAUUUUAUCUCAUACAUUACUCAACAUUGACAAUAUUGUAUCCGUGGUAAAUUUUAAUUGUUGUAUUCAACUAAGGUUAUAUGUAUUUUUAUUUUGUACAUUAUGUAUAUUAUGUUAAUUUAAGUUUCAUUAUGUUUAAGCCUCUUGUGAUCUUGUUGUAAGCCAGUGAUAUGUUAGAUUCUGCAAUGAGUCUUAUCUUGUAGAUUGUGUUAUUGAGUAACUGAUAAGGAUAUCUGUGAUACCCCGUGCACAAUGUAAGUAUUUUUGUCAUUCAAUGCUAUUUAUAUUACAUCGUUUUGUACACAG